AUGGCAUACCCCCAACGUCCAGCGCAGAGGCCUCCGCCAGUAAGAAAUUACGGCGCUGGCACCUCACCUCGGGGCGGGGGGUUUGAAGGCCCACCGCAGUUUGAUCAAGAGUCUUAUGAACAUGGUAUUGACAAUCCGAAUCAACGAUAUGGAAAUAAAGGAUAUGAUGUUUCAGGGUACGGCUACCCAGAUGACCAGCCAGUCCCUAGAUCGUAUGGACCCCCUAGAGGUGCACCUCGCCCUCGAGGUUAUGGUCCGCAACCGCCAGAUCGGGGUUACGCAUAUGGUGGACGACCACCUCCAAAUGAAUAUGACAGCCGUCGCGGAUAUGGUGAUAGAGGACCACCGAAACAGGAUCGUAUGAGACCAUCUGCACGACAGGUUCCGUCAUCGUCGAAUACGGUGCCGUUCGAUAAUCCUUUCCCUACAUUUCCCUCAAAAGAGCAGUCGCGCGGCCGAUCGGACUCGAAGGCGCGACUUGAGAGAGGCAUGGCCGGAAUGGAUCUCAACGGUCCAAUGUCGCCAACGAGGGGACCAGACCGUCCUCAUACUUCAAACGGUAGACGACAAGAGGUCCCUCGGUCACCUAAGUCUGCGCCCCCUGAACGUGGAAGAGGAGACCACUCCGAAGGUCCGGUAAGGUCGGCCAGCGCAGGACGCCAUGCGGCUGGUGAUCGGUUCGAGCGGUCUUACACUGGCCUCAAUGAUCCACCGCCGAUUCCUCAGAUAAACAGGAGCGUAACUAUGCCUGUUACUUCAACUCCAACCCCACCGCCUAUGACCAAGCAUUCCUACCCAGGACAAUCUACCUACCGGGAGCCCAAUUAUGCCGCAUUUCGCUACACGCGUGAGUAUAGUACGGAAGAACUAUUGGAUGUUUACUAUAACUCAGCCCAUACAGCCGAACCUGACAUGCCCAACUUUGAUGCGAUGCCUGACGGUGGCAAAGGGAUCGAUGAAAGUUUGCCGGGGUUGGAGCCGCCGAAGGCCAAAAAGGUUCCUGUGGAAUCGCCUGCCACCUCAACAACUCAGUAUACCGCCUUUAAUCCGCAGUCUGCCCAGGUUCAUCAUGCGCAAUCGCAGCCGGAUAUGAGAACCGACAAUAUGCCUAACCAAUUUGAAAAUGCGGGGUUUCAGUUCGACCUUCCCGGCGAAACGCCGACACCCCCGACUGGAUAUCCUCAGGACAAGACGGGCUAUGGUUUCGGCGAGGGUCCCUAUCAAGAUCCGAUGCAAGCACAGUACCCACAGCAGCAGGGAAGCCGCUCGCAGUCAAUGACAUCGUAUUCUGAUCGUCGCCCUAGUUAUGCAGGUACUAGUGGACCACCUCGACCCUUUCGGGCCAACCAGCCUGGAUAUGCCAAUGAGCCACGACAGGGGGUAAGCGACAUGGAACUUGGCUUCGAUCCUGAGCAAAACCCAGAUGCAUUACCUCAUCAUCCUGUGCCUUUCCGACCGGGUCAUGAUCAAGGGGCCAAACCUGCACCGAUGCGUCAGUAUAGUGUGCCAGCACCAGCACCAGCACCAACACCGGCAUCGGCACCGGCACCAGCGUCAUCCGCCUCGGCUCCCCCAGCUCCACAAGGUCCGCCAGUUGAUAUGCUUGCUACUCAACCGAUCACUCAUGAGGAGCUUCAGAGGCUGCAGCAAACUGCGAAGAGCAGGCCAUCGGACCAAAAAACUCAGCUUCUCCUAGCCAAAAAGCUGGUCGAGGCGUCAACUUUCUUGGUUGAUGAAAGCCGAAUGGACCCAAGAACAAAAGCUAAGGCGAGGGAGAAGUAUGUGACGGACGCGUACAAAAUUGUCAAGAAACUUGUGGCGGUCGGCUAUACCGACGCACAGUUCUACCUCGCAGAUGCUUAUGGCCAAGGGCAACUGGGGCUCCAGGUUGAUAAUAAAGAAGCCUUUAAUUUAUACCACUCCGCCGCAAAGCAGGGACAUGCGCAGUCCGCAUAUCGAGUUGCUGUAUGCUGUGAGAUUGGCGCAGAAGAAGGGGGUGGCACGAAGCGUGACCCUUUCAAGGCGGUACAGUGGUAUAAACGCGCUGCAUCGCUCGGCGAUCCGCCAGCAAUGUACAAAAUGGGAAUGAUCUUACUCAAAGGGCUGUUGGGCCAGGCUAAGAAUCCCCGUGAAGGUAUAUCCUGGUUGAAGCGGGCCGCCGAACGUGCUGAUGUGGAAAACCCACAUGCUCUUCAUGAACUUGCCUUGUUGUAUACCAGCGCAGGCACGAAUGACAUUGUUAUUCGCGAUGAAUCCUAUGCCUCCCAACUCUUCCACCAGGCCGCAGAAUUAGGUUAUAAGUUCUCCCAGAGCCGAUUGGGCACUGCUUACGAGUAUGGGUUGAUGGGGUGCCCCGUCGACGCUCGACAGAGUAUCAUUUGGUACACACAUGCUGCCGCGCAAGGGGAGCAUCAGAGUGAGCUCGCCCUUAGUGGGUGGUAUCUGACCGGUUCAGAGGGAAUCCUACAGCAGAGCGAUACCGAAGCCUAUCUCUGGGCUCGGAAGGCUGCCACUGCGGGUCUUGCAAAAGCCGAAUAUGCGAUGGGUUAUUUCACUGAAGUCGGGAUCGGUGUUACCUCUAAUAUUGACGAUGCCAAGCGAUGGUAUUGGCGGGCAGCCGCCCAAGGAUUCCCUAAGGCUCGUGAGCGCCUCGAGGAGCUCAAGAAAGGUGGUGCUCGCAUGCAAAAAACUCGUCUUUCGCGGUCUGCUGUUAAUCAACAGAAGCAAAAUGAUGGCGACUGCGUCAUUAUGUGA